AGUGACUCUAGUGCUGAAGGGAGAAGAAAAGAUCUAAGCGGGCCGGCAAUUGUUGAAUUAAUUACCUCCUCCACAAAGUUACGAGACGCAAAAGUCGUUGCUGCUAUGACUGUACCCGAUGAGCGAGCUUUAAUCGAAGCGUUGUUGGUAGAGCGGUGUAGUGACAGUGAUGUGAUCAUAACUACUGGUGGCACUGGAUUUGCUGCCAGGGAUGUUACACCUGAAGUUGGAUUAGCAACAAUAGAUGUUGUGGACCGUCGCUGUUCGGGUUUGGAAGUGGCUUUACAUUCCCAUUCAUUAGCAGCUACCCCUAUGGCCGCUUUGAGUAGAGCAGUGGCAGGCAUACGCGGCAAGACACUUAUCGUAAACUUCCCGGGAAGUGUAAAAGCUGUCAAGGUAAUUUUUGAGUAAUU